ACAGAAUAAAGACGUCGUGUGAUAAGAGAGAAAUAUUCGACCAAAUUGCAACGCGAAAAAGUGAAACUGAUAAGGACAAUAAUUCACUUGUCGCUCUUGGAGUACUGCCUUCUCGAUGAAGUAUGCGCACGUGACAGUGAAUAUGGUUCUAUGCUGUCCUCACCUUCCUCGGAAAGACAUGUAAGGUCGUCAUUUGGCAAUGCUAAUAACACUAAUCAGUUGAAUUAUAAGUACAAAGCGAAUGAAACCGGAACUGAGAGCAUGGCUGAGAGGGACACAGUGUUUGCCACGCGCGACGCGAUUCUCGACGUGGAUCUGCACUGGGAAAUGAACUAUCACGAAGCCGCAAUAUUUUUAGAGGAAGGUAGAAACAAUGAGAAAUUUGAUUCUCAUCCAAGGCAUCCUGAAGAUCUACCAGCAUAUCUCUUAGUCCACAACAGCUGGUACAAUGGAUUGGAUUUACUCAUUUCAUUAAUCUUGUUGUCUCUGGCAUUUGUAGAGGAACCAGCUCUGCCACUGUUCAAAGUACCAGUGUGGGUACAUGGCUCGGUAGAAUUACUUGCAUUAAUUACUAUCGGUGUGCAAUUGGCUUUGAAGCUGAGAUGGACUGGCUGGGCGCCUAUGUUAAGACACAAACGUACGAUGUUGAAGUGCGUCACAUUAGCAAUCAUGUUUCUUGAAGCUAUGACGGUCCUGGUACGGCAAUCCUCGCAUUUCCGCGUGACACGCGCUCUAAGACCCAUUUUUUUAAUAGACACGAAGUAUUGCGGCGGCGUGAGGAGAUUCAUAAGGCAAAUACUUCUCACACUACCACCUAUUCUAGAUAUGCUGGGACUUCUUUUUUUCUUGAUCAUUGUAUAUACCGUAUUGGGUUACUAUAUGUUCAGUGAAAUGAACAGAAAUUUCUUCACACUGCAAGAUAGCUUUGUAAGCCUGUUUGUUCUUCUCACCACUGCUAACUUUCCGGAUGUAAUGAUGCCAUCAUAUUCCCAAAAUAAAUGGUAUGCAAUGUAUUUUGUGUCGUAUUUGUGUACCAUGUUAUACGUGAUGAUGAAUUUAAUGUUGGCUGUGGUAAACGAGACGUUCACGUCUCGUGAGCGUGACAAAUUCAAGAAACUCUUCCUGCACAAGAGAAAAGCAUGUCAGCAUGCUUUUAAACUUUUAGUUUCCAAACAAGACCCUGACAAAAUGCGAUUCCGUCAGUUUGAGGGCUUGAUGCGGUACUAUGCUCCAAAUAAAUCCACGCGGGACAUUGUCUUAAUGUUUUGUCAUAUGAAUGUAUCGGGAAGUGGCGCUUUAAAUAGCGAGGAAUUUUUAUCAAUUUAUGAUACCAAUACGCUUCAGUGGGACUUGCAAUACUCUAGCAUACCGUGGUACCGUGCUAUGUGGUGGCCUCUGCAAACGCUGUGUACAAGCGCUCAUACUGUUAUCAAGUGGCCAUAUUUCGAAACUUUGGUGUGUACGAUCAUUGUCGGUAAUUGUAUCGCCAUGAUAAUAAGAAUCCUUGAACCAAGUAACAGUCUUGAGGAAUCGGUGCAUGGAUUUGCCGCGUGUUGGGACACUCUGCUGUUCGGGGGACUUUUCGUGGCUGAGGCACUAUCAAAAGUAUUAGCUCUUGGUAUUAAAUAUUAUCUGAGUUCUGGAUGGAAUCUCUUUGACUUGGGGACGACAGUAAUGACCCUCGUUGCUGCAUGUGUUCUCAUUUUAUUCCCAACGGCUACAUUUAUGGUUUUAUUCCGGCCUCUCAGAACGCUGAGAUUGUUUAAAAUCAAGAAACGCUACCGAGACGUUUUUGGUACCCUCGUAAUUCUAUCUCCUCAGAUGUGUUCGACAGCGAUCGUCAUGCUGGUCUUGUAUUACUUUUUCGCAAUCAUUGGAAUGGAAAUGUUUGCCGGAUACGAUAUGCGCAAUUGCUGCAAAAAUACGACCGUUGAAGAUUUCUACGAAUAUUCUGUCAAUGGUAGCACGGCUUUAGGAUAUUACUAUCUCAACACUUUCGACAAUCUCAUAGCGAGCUGCAUUACGCUUUUUGAAUUAACAGUUGUUAAUAAUUGGUUUAUACAAAUGAAUGCGUACGCAUUUACCGUGGGCAUGUACACAAGGAUAUACUUCAUGAUAUUUUAUCUAGUGACCAUGAUUGUAUUGACUAUCGUGGUAUCCAGUUUCCUGGAAGCUUUUCGAUUUAGGAUACAGUAUAAAAAAUCAACUUCAAAACAUGACGAGGAGAAAAUGCUGCACGAAAAAGUAGAAUUAAAAUGGGAUGAAUUGCAAUGCAUAAUCGAAGACUUUCAAACGCUAGAAAAUUUACGCAACUCUUUAGUUGUCGGAGGUAGUACUCUCUUCGUCGGUUCACGGCCGCGAACGCGGGAAGUUUUACAGAGAAAGAUGUACACGUACGAGAUAAAUGAAUGGAUAUCUGAAGCAAAGUCCGAAGAAAAGCAACUUGUGUCUAAUACAACACGUAACAUGGAAGACGGUGAUGGUACCUCUGAUUCAGACCAUCUUGUACUAAACGGCAAUUUGCGUCACCAGCAAAACAGUAUACCUACUCGAUAAAAUCGGUGACGUGACUUAGACCGUAUUCAGAAGAUUAAUUUAUAUAAUUUUCAUUUACAUUCGUGUAAAUCCAUUUACCACAAUACAUAGCUCGCUUAGACGUUAACGAAUAUAUUUUAACAGUAAAGAAAGAUAACGUAGUAUAUGUGACAUUAAAGUUUUUUUUAAAUAGAAAUCGAUAUAGAAGAUUCUAGAAUCUAGAAGAUUGAUUAAAAGAUAUUGAUGGAAUUAUUAGAAGACUAUAACUAGAAGUUUUAAUGCAAAUGUUAAUGCAAACAAAUGACUUUCUUUAUAUAUUUUGAUAUUACAAACUAGUCAUGAAUAUUACAAAAAGAUUUCAUUUUUAGGAAAUUAUUUUUUCUUGAACUCGCGUUGACGCAUGAAAUUGUAGUUUUAUAGUAUAUAAUUCAUGCGGCAAAUAUAAAUAUACUGAUUAUUACGAAAUAUAAAAAACAAUCUCGUACGUUGGAUAUCAUUUUGAUAUCAUUUUAAUGCGAAGGACAAGCGGCGUUGUCUUCAUUAUUUUAUAGAUCGCAUUGCGAAAGGCUUAAUUCGAUUAAGAUAAUUCAUUGGUGUGGGCUCGAAGAGCACGAGAUCCGGAGCAGGAUGAUCUUGCUUAUAUUCAUUAAUUUUUCUUAUAAAUAAUCGAAAUUUCCAUUUCUGCAGAAUUUAACAUGUAAAAAGAAAGCAAAUGUCUUUUUAUCUCGAGUCGGCUCUGCGUAUUAUGCAAAUACGACGUAUAGACAUAUCUAAUAUUGUUAUGUAUUAUUAAAGCAAAAGAAUAUUUUAUUGUUAUUUUUCUAUUUUUUAUCUGAUAAUCCAUGUAUUUAUUUACACAAAUACAUGCUUUAUUAUCUCUG